AUGUUGAAGAUUCAGAGACCUCUGUGUACAGAACUCACAUUCAGAUUAACUCAUGACAUAAGUCCAGACCUUUACUGUGAUGAAGAUGACCAUGAUUUGGACCAAGUUAGUCGUGAACAGUUCAUCUUCUCAUGUCUCACCAAAAAGCGUGAGAGCUAUUCUGAUAAAAAAGUGGCCAUUAUAGACAAGUUGACUGACUCAUUGGCAGAACGAAAGAAAUCUAGCUUAAUCGACUUAAAAUUAUCGUCAUCAGAAACAGUAGAAAAAGCAGGUGAAGGAAACCUGUUACAGGAAUGUGUGAAGGAAAAUUUACACGGUAGCUCAGAGAAGGAAAAAAAGUUGGAAAAACCGAAAACAUCUUUUGAUGACAAACAGAAAACAAUAGAACAGUUAAAUAAUGCUAUAAAUGUUCAGUAUCAUUGUAAACAAGACAAUGGAACCACAAAACCCUCAACUUCUGACAAGUACGAACCUGAACUUAAGAAAAUCCCUCGAGAGGAAGUCCAAACAAGACCUCGUCAAUCAACAGUGUCAAAGGUAACAAUUGCUAAACCUGUACGGAAACCUCGCAAACUUCCAGAAAUCCCGAAUAAAUCUCCAGAUGGUGAAACAACUAGUGCACCAGUCAAUGCAAAAUGCUUGGCAGAUGAGCUCCAGGAGGCUUUAGUGCGAGACAGUCGCCAAAAUUCGGUGGAGGAUGACGAUGAUGUGUUUUAUCCAACAGCAUCGGAAGGAAAGUCAAGCUCACCCUCAAAAGUGUACCCCAAGUUUAGCUGUAAAUUUCUAGAGGAACUUAAGACAAUAAACUUUAACAGUGUAUCAAAGAAUACACGACCUUACACAUCCUCUAACAAUGUGUACUUGGAGGAGGAUUCUACGACUGACAGUCAGCGCCACCUGUCUGUGGCCACCAGUAGUAGAAGGAGGAGAAACAGUUCUGGAGGUGAUGGAUCAAAAAGGAAGUCAACCUCCAGUGUGGCAAGUUCUAAUUAUACAGACCUUGAGGUCACCCAUCGAGGAAUGCACAGGUUUAUACCUCGUCACAAGGACGAGAUCUCUGUGGAGAUCGGGGACCCUAUACAUGUUUUCUCUGAAGCUGAUGAUUUGUGGUGCGAGGGUGUAAAUCUGCGAACAUUUCACCGGGGAAUUUUUCCCUCCAUGUAUGCAACAGAUCUUCAGUUCUUGGAGGAUGAUUCAGAAACUGAUGGUACCUACCACUUUAAUAUGCGCUUCCUAGGGUCAGUCGAGGUUAAUGAACACAAAGGGGAUGCUGUCCUCUGUCAAGCAAUCAACAAGAUUGCUCUCUCCCGUCGUUCUGCCAAAUGCUCAACUCCUCCUCCAUUAUGUACAGUAGAAGUCAGUCAGUACGGGAUACGCAUGUUUGAUAAAAGCAAAAGUGGACAUGAAAGCAAAUCAGAUGCAUACACCCACUUCUUUGCCCUGAAGAACAUUUCGUUCUGUGGCUUUCAUCCACGCAAUGAAAGAUACUUUGGAUUCAUAACGAAACAUCCUAAAGCAUACAGAUUUGCCUGUCAUGUAUUUCUGGGAGAGAAAUCCACCCGGAGUGUCAGCGAGGCUUUGGGGAACGCUUUCAAGAGGUUUUACCAGGAAUAUAUGGCAUUUACUCACCCAACUGAGGACAUUUACAUGGAGUAA